CAGACUGCAGACAUGAACCUCAUGGUCUGUCUCUGUGUGACCCUGCUGCUCAGCUCAGCUACAGGCUCACUGCAUCUCAGCUCCCGUAGCUCCAUAGUGGGGGGAGAGGACGCGGCCCCUGGAAGAUGGCCCUGGAUGGUGUACCUCGACAUCACUAAUGGAAAUGAUACUAUUUUCUGUGGUGGUUCCCUUAUCAACAGUCAAUGGGUCCUCACUGCAGCUCACUGUGUUGAAAAUCUUCAUGUGAUGGCAGUGGUGGCAGGCGAGCAGAAGCUUCUUGAGCCCACUGGCUUGCCGUACGGCGUCCACCGUGUCCUGAUCCACCCCGGUUACCAUGACGAUGGGGACGUGCUGAAACAUGACAUCGCCCUGGUGCAGCUGGCGGAGCCGGUGGUCAUCUCCCGCCAUGUGAGGCCUGUGCCGCUGGCCGGUCCGCUGGACGUCUUCAACACCAGCUCCGAGUGCUGGGUCACCGGGUGGGGCGCCAUGGCUGAGGGAACACCGUUGGAAGGUGAAGAGACUAUGCAGCAGCUAAAGCUCCCCCUAGUGGACGACAAAACCUGCAGGCUGAUGUACCCCCGGACUGAUGACAACUACCUGUGUGCUGGAUACAUGCAGGGGGGCAAGGACUCAUGCCAGGGUGACUCUGGUGGCCCCCUGGUGUGUAAGUCGUUUGAGCAGUUCGUCCAGGUCGGGGUGGUGAGUUUUGGACAUGGCUGUGCCCGGCCUGGCUACCCUGGCGUGUACACACGUGUGCUCAGCCACACAAAGUUCAUCCAGCGUGCCUUCCGCAAAUACAGAUGAACAACAGCUCCCUCUAGUGGUCGAGCCUGAUCUCUCUCUUUCCAUCUCUCCUGUCUCUGAUCAAUAAAGUCUUUAGCAGCAUCAAA